UAUACUCCUCAGCUUCUGUAAGAACUUGGAGCUCAGUCCGCUUAGGAAGUUAGAGUUUCAAUUAAACUUCAUGUCGCCAACAUUACUUUUCUUGCUGAACUUGGUGGUGACUGCUAGUGCAGCCCUUGCUGUCGAUGAGAGAAGAAGUCGAACACAAGUACAGCAGUUCGUAACAGAGGCCACAUCCAUUAUCCUCAGCCAUUUGAAGGAGACAGCGAGAACAGUUGCCCUGUACACUGAUGAAACCCCGGACGUCACGCAGGUCAAACUAACCAGCUCAUUACAUUCAGCUUUGGCACUGCCAGUGUUUGUACUCGGAAAGACUAUACUUGGGACUCUUCACAUGCCCCGGCAAAGUACUGCUUUCAUAAUAAUGUGUGGCAGUGGCGAAGUCCAUGCCUUCAUGCGUAGACUCUGGCUAGCUUCGAAGACUCCUCUGUGGAGGUCAUGGUACACAGUCAUAUUUAUUGACACCGACCUAACCAGGCCUCGCAAGGAUAUAACUUUUAACCUACUGGAAACUAGCUGGAGGAAGUACGAAACAUUGAAUUCAUUGGAAAUUACUAUGCUACUGAGCGCUGAUGGUUUAGAAACUCACGCGGUGGCCAAUUGCUUUAACCCCUUUGUGAGUAAAGGCAAAUCUUCAUCAGCAAAAAUCAUUCAGCGUAUAAAUCAGAACUUAUUUAUUAAUGCUAGAGGAUAUCCCAUAAAAUUACCCGCGCACGACUACCCUCCUUUCAUGUACGAAGUGACUAAGCCAAAUGGAGAGAAAACUUUGGGCGGCAUAAUUGGUGACGUCGCAGAAUUGAUUUUUAAACCCCCCAACAUGACAGCUAUAACUCAGCGGAAUACUUUGGUUGACCUUUCCCGAUGGGCCCUUUCGGACUCGUUUUAUCAAGAAACACCCGAUAUUACAUAUCCAUUUACCUUGCUCCAAUCACAGCGUCUGUACAGAUCUACAUACCCGUACAUGAUAGAGAAGUUCGUGAUCAUAGUGCCCAAAGCCCAGCAAGUUCCACCCUGGAUGACCGCUGCUUUGCCCUUCACUAAGCCGCUGUGGCUCAUGUACUUGUUUUUUUACCCGGUCCUGGUCUCUGUCGGCAAGCUAUGCUCGCUCUUCUCUGGAUCAAAUACACAGCUCUCAUUUCAGGGCAUGGAGCUGUUUAGACUAUUCCUCCUGGGGAUGAUACAGCACCAGAUCAAAUCCGCUUGGUUUAGAAUGUACGUCGGUUCUAUAUUGUUUACCAGCAUUGUAUUGAAUAACGCUUACAGCGGAUCUUUCACCAGCUAUAUUACAAUACCUCAGUUUUACGAUGACGUGACAAGGUUGGAUGAAAUUGACAACCUAUAUUUAUCCGUAAAAGUUCCCUCUGUUUUUGGUACCAACAUUGCCUUUAAUGUAACAUCAUUCUUGCCAGACAUAGACUUUGACGAUAAAAUAACGAAUAUUAUAUUUGGGCGACUAAAAGUAGUUAAUAAUUUGGAAGAUGCACUAUGUGAUGUAAUAGUUAAGAGGAGAGACUGUGUUCUGUACUUUUCAACCGGCGCGAAGUACGAAUUGAGCAAGCCAGAGUACUUUCAGAACUUACGGCCACUACUCCAUUUAAUAGAGCAGACUUUCUUCUCUGUUUAUGCAGUUGCCGAGUUUAGAGAAAACUGUCCUUUUUCUGAGAUAGUGAAUAAUUAUCUAUGGCUUUCAAGAGAGUCUGGUUUGAUUGAAAAAAUUUUGUCCAAUACAUUUGGGGAAAACUUUUCAAACUAUGAUAAAACUGAAAGUGUUAAAGUGCCUUUGAGUAUUAAUCAUUUACAAGGAUUUUUUUAUGUUCUUUUUCUGGGAUUCGUUUUUAGUGUUUUGGCUUUUACUACCGAAAUUUCUUGGGUUCACUUUUGGGGUAGAUAAAUAGUUAAAUAAGAUUUUCACACUUACUUGCUUGUUUUUAGUGUUUUAUAAAUAUUCACAUACUUUAUUUAUCAGUGUGUGUGUUUUAUAACAAACAAUUGCUCUGCAAGGUUAUAUGACACUAUUUUUUUUUCACAUUAUUACUUGGACAUUCUUGAUUUCAGACAGAGAAAUAAAUUUUUAACACAGUGUAUCUGAUGUAAUUUUGAGUGGUAAUUUUUGUUAGUUUAAGGAAAAUGCACAUUUUAUAGGUUUUUUGUGUAACAAUGAACAAAAAGUAACGAAAAAAGUUGAAGUAUUUUUAGACAGUACUGUUUUUAUCAAUAAUUGAUAUUUAUUACCUAUUUUUAGAUGCGUGAAUAAACUCGUAGAAAUGUCUGUAAAAUUAUAUAGGAUGAAUAAUAACCUAAUAUGAGUCUAUAUAUAGUAUUUUCAUAAAAAAAUAUGGCCUGUCUCUUUAAGAUAUCCACCACCUCAUAGAUGUAUUAAAAACUUAUACAAAUAUUUUGAUUUAUAGGUAUGAUAAAAUAUCUGAAAGCAUGUUGUGGUAUCUGUCAUAAUGUUGCAUAUCCCUAAAUAUAACAUAUUUGUUUUUUUAAAAUAUCUUUAUAUUCUACUAUGUGUUUUGACUGUAUUAAACUCUUUAUAAUUUGAAGUAAAUGUAUUCA